AUAUUGAUUUGAUAAACAGUCUCAGUCAGGUUUGAAGCAAACUUUUAUUGGAAUCUAUUCUUUCAUCUCUUUGAAGAACACUGACUCUUAGGGGACGGUAGGUAAUGUAGGUGAAGGUAGGUCUUGCCUAGUAUGUGGCUCAAUGAAAUCAUCUGAAUGGAUGAACUGCCCGGCCCAGCUGCCUCUGUAGCCCCUGAGUGUGCACAUUUACAAGCCAGGGUAGAUAGAGCUUUCCCCGAGAGAAAUACUGUUCUUGAGAAAUUAGCAGAAAAUUCCUUUCUCAUCACCUAACUUCCUUACAGUAUCUCCAUCCUUGUAACUGCAUUUUUCUCUUGUUUGUUCUCUGUUCUUGUAAUGUAACAACAUGAUGUUUCAAUGCUGAGAGCUGCCAGUCCUAUGCAGGCCAAACAGAAUCAUUCGGCAGCCCUUUUUGUCCGGAGCUGGUCAGCAUGCUUUCCCAGGAGACCAGAGAUUUAAAGACCACAUUUGCCUAGACAUGCAGCUGUGUCUGAGGCGAUGGGCCUCCUGCAAGGCCUUCCCAGUGGUCGUGGGCACACAGACAUGGGAACAGUACUAUUUCUGCCGGUCUGAGCUAGAGUUCCGUAUGGAAUCUGGGCGGCCACAGGAUUUCAUCUGCAAAGCUAUUUCUGGGCACACAGGAAUGAUAGAACAGCUGGCCUACGUCUCACCCCAUGAGUACCGCUUUGAUGAAGGGGCAAGGUCCGUGGUUUGCACCGUGUCUUCAGACUGUACCGUGCGUGCCUGGGAUCUGCAGGAGGGCUCCGAGAUCUGGUCGAGUGCUGUGCAGCCUGCUCCUCUGGUGAAUGUGGUGGCCUAUCCUCAGCUGCAGCUGGUUGUCACUGUGGACACACAGGGCUUAAUCAUGGGGUGGAAGGCAGAGACCGGGUCUCAGUGGGCCUCCUUCAGCUUGCCGGCCUCCUGUUCUUCAAUGGAGGCCUGUGACCACCCGGAGGGCCCCUUCUUGCUGGUAGCCUGUGAUGAAGGGACCCUCUACACUAUGACAGUACCUCAGCUGCAAGUGGUCUCCAGAAUAGCCGCAUUUCCUCACUCCUCUGUGAGCCUCACGUGCUCCCCUGACACACAGUGGGUAUUUGUGUCUGCACAAGGCUCAGACUUAGGCCCAAAGGUGUUCUACACUCAGCCCUUGCUGCACCUAUCAGAAGACAGACUUCCUGUCUCCACCACCCUUCCCAUCAGGCGGGGCUCCAGAGCCUGCUGGGCUCCAGAUGAGGCAGCCAGACUGAUGGUGAUACACAGAGAUGACGGUGGUGUGCGUCUGGUUAUCACUACCUUUGAGUUAAAGGCCACCAAGUCCAGGGACAGAGUGAGCAUUCUUGCACAGCAGCUGGCCAGCUUCCACCUGCCGGACACUAUGACGCCUCACCUCAUGCAGGGCCAUGGCUCCCAAACGAUCCUGCUCACCUCCAGGUCAGAGCUGGUGCUCUUCACCAUACAUGGCCUGCAGCUGAUGGCCUUCCAGGACCACCAGAGGCCCAUCACGUCUAUGUGGGUGGACCCAGACCGUGUCAUCACUGCUGCCUUGGACCUGUCCUUGCGUGUCUAUGUGUGGAAUAAAAAGAACACCUCACCUGUUCUCAAGAGCUGUUACCAUUUGCUCGGGGGAUCUCACAGAUGGGCCAGUGGAUUCACCCACGUGAAGAGCGACAGCAGAAGCAUUGCUGGGGUGGAAGCCAGGAGCACUGGGACAAGUAUCCUGAGGUCAUACUGCUUCAAGGUUAAGCUUGGCUAGGCGCCACCAGUUGAAGAUGCUCUGGCUUGGUGUGCGUGCAAAGUCCUUACCAAAGAUGUUGUCAACUUUGGAAAAAAAAAACUAGCAAGAUGCCUGCUUCCUAGCAAGAUGCCUGCUGCCUUCUCACAGAGAGCCAAUGAAUUGGUUUCUGUCAUCUUACGUUUCACUGUCCUGCUCAGACAAAAAAGGGAGGUGAAGUCCCCUCUUCAGGCGGUUUCCCAGGUGGCACUGGUCACAGACAGAGUGGACUGUUUGUGGUAGUGCUGAAUUUACAGCCUGCUCGUUUGCAGUGUCCAGAUGGCAACAGAGUUGUUUUUGUUAUCAAGAAUGUAAUUAAAAUAUUUUUAUUUGCCUGUGCUGUA